UUUAGUUUUUGUUUUGUGUUGUUGCUACGAGUGAUUUGUGUGAAUUUUAAUUUUGUUAUUAAAUUUGUGUUUUCUGUCUUUAAAGAAAAGUUAAAGUGAAAAUUGAAAAUGGAGGGACCAAAAGAGUUGUCUUUAAGUGAAAUACGCAAAUAUAUGCUAGAUAAUGGUUGUAAAGUUACCAACCAUGCCCUUGUCAAGCAUUUCAAACGUUUCCUAACACAUCCGGACACCCAAAUUGAGGCCCGAAAGGAAUUUAAAACCUAUGUGAAUAUUUUGGCCACUAUUAAGAAUGAAAACAAUCAAAAAUAUUUGAUACUACGGAAGAAGUAUCUGAAUGAAUGUCCCUCUGAGGAUGUUGUGCAGCGAGCAAUUUCUCAGGCAGGCGGUACAGAUUCGGUACCCAGUAGCCCUGGUGGUUUGUCUGUAACCACUGAUGAGGCCACGGCAUCGCCAUUUAGAAAACCUCCACCAUACAUACCACCACCAGAAGUGAAUGCACCCAUUGCAAUGUAUCAAGGUACUCCAUUGGCGCCAAUGGCACCAAUACCUCCCAGCACCAACGAUGAUGAGGAACAUACCAAUGAUGGAAAUACUACAACAUCUACUUUAGAGCGGGAAAAUGAAAUGGAAAACAAGGCUGUUGAAGAUAAAAGUGUAUCACGCUCCAAUUCUGUCGAUGAAACUGCCAAUAAGGAAAAUAUUCCACGUUUUUCAUUUUCUUCGGGCUCAUCGGGAACCGAUUCAACUGACGCCGGACCUGGUGCUACAGAUAAAUCGUCGGGUCCAGAUGUUGAAACAGAAAACCCAAUAAGCGUUAAGGAGGCAACAAGGAAAUUCAAUCGUAUGGCUUCAGAGGAGGAGGCAAAAAUUAUUUCACCACCCUCCAAAAAGAAACCAGAAAAGCAGUUUGUAGAAGAGAAGGAGUUACCGGAAGUAACGUUGGCCCAUCCAAAGGCCAAGGAAUGGAUCGUUGCCAUGGCUAAGGCGAACUACCAGGAAUUGGCAAAGUUGGCCAAUGAUCAUCCCGAAUUGGUGAAACUACAGGAUCCAACAACGGUGAGUUAAAUUACUUUGGACAAUAAAGUAUAAAGUUAAGACAAAACUAUCACGCGAAUUAUAUACAAUUGAGUCACGUUC